AUGAAGAUUUUAUCCUUCAAAUCCGCCUCCGACCACCUGCUGCUGGGGGUCGUCUCCAGCCUGCUUUGGGUUGUAGCAGAAUCUCCUCCUGAUACUGGAAGCUUUAAAGCCAUCGCACAAACUGAGACCAGCAUAACUCUGCAGUGGACCAAAGUGGGAGACAUCGACAGUUAUAUUCUUUCCAGAGAUGGAAAGGACAACAUAACUCUCUCUGCAGUAAAUGUAGAAUACACAGUCUCAGGUCUGAUCAGCGCCACUAGAUACAGCUUCACUCUCUACACGGUGUUUGGAGGUGUCAGUAGCUCAGGAGUAACCACCUCUGCAGUCACUGCUCCUCGAGAUACUCAAGACUUUGAAGCUAUCUCACAAACUGAGACCACCAUAACUCUGCAGUGGACCAAAGUGGAAGGCAUCGACAGUUAUACUUUUUACAGAGAUGGAGAGGUCCACAUAAUUAUCUCUGCAGUAAAUGUAGAAUACACAGUCUCAGGUCUGACCAGCGCCACUAGAUACAGCUUCACUCUCUACACGGUGUUUGGAGAUGUCAGAAGCUCAGGAAAGACCACCUCUGCAGUCACUGCUCCUCCUGAUACUGGAAGCUUUAAUGCCAUCACACAAAAUGAGACCAGCAUAACUCUGCAGUGGACCAAAGUGGGAGACAUCGACAGUUAUACUCUUUCCAGAGAUGGAGAGGUCAACAUAACUCUCUCUGCAGUAAAUGUAGAAUACACAGUCUCAGGUCUGACCAGCGCCACCAGAUACAGCUUCACUCUCUACACGGUGUUUGAAGAUGUCAGUAGCUCAGGAGCAACUAUGACUGCAGUCACUGCUCCUGAUAAUACUGAAAGCUUUGAAGCCAUCGCACAAACUGAGACCACCAUAACUCUGCAGUGGACCAAAGUGGGAGACAUCAACAGUUAUACUCUUUCCUAUGAUGGAAAAGAAGUCAACAUAAAUUACUCUGCAGGAAAUGGAGAAUACACAGUCUCAGGUCUGACCAGCGCCACUAGAUACAGCUUCACUCUCUUCACGGUGUUUGAAGGUGUCAGAAGCACAGGAGCAACUAUGACUGCAGUCACUGCUCCUCCUGAUACUGAAAGCUUUAAAGCCAUCGCACAAACUGAGACCAGCAUAACUCUGCAGUGGACCAAAGUGGGAGACAUCAACAGUUAUACUCUUUCCUAUGAUGGAGAGGAGGUCAACAUAAAUUACUCUGCAGGAAAUGGAGAAUACACAGUCUCAGGUCUGACCAGCGCCACUAGAUACAGCUUCACUCUCUACACGGUGUUUCGAGGUGCCAGAAGCAGAGAAGCAAACACCACUGCAGUCACUGCUCCUGAGACGCCAGCAGAGUUCACCUCAAUGGGACAAACUGAGACCAGCAUAACUCUGCGGUGGAAACAAGCGAGAAACGUCCAGAACUACACAGUCUCCUUCAAUAAAGAGAUGAUAAAUGUGACAACAUCAAAUGAAACUGUGACACUCAGUGUCUCAGAUCUGGAAAGUGGGGUCAACUAUGAUUUCUUGCUCUUCAGUGUCUUUGAUUAUGCCAGCAGCAGUGAAGCAAACCUAACUGCACCUACUGUUCCUCCAGAGGUGCCUUCAGUCAAGGUUGCAGAGCGCUUAGUGGACAAGUUCACUCUGCAGUGGAAAGAUCUGAAUAAAGGCUGGAAAUACUUGCUUAAUGUUGCUGAUCGUACUGAAACAAUUCCACCAAAGGAUUCAGAAAAUACUGUGUCAUUCACAGUCUCAGAUCUGAAGCCUGGAGCAGAAUAUUCAUUCAGCAUCAUCACCAUGUUCUCUGGACUCAGGAGCACUCCUUACCGUGGCGUCACAGUAACAAAAAUAGACUGCAGUAGUGUAAACUGGAAAGUCACCAACUCAUCAAUCCAAGGAACAGUUGAAGGCUUGUUCUCAAACGCAACUGCCUCGAAUAAAUCUACAGUUCAUUUCAGUCCAGCAGGGAAAGACGUUUUAUUUACUAACCUCUACCCUGGUGCCACCUAUGAGGUCCUGCUUGAAUAUAACCUGUCGUCUAAACUUUAUCCACAGUGUAGCAUCAACAUACCAAUAAUUCCUCCCUCUUUAACUGGUCAUUGUAGCUACUACUCCUCUGGUUAUGGUGCUGUGAUUAGAUGGGACCCACCAGGCGGUGUGUUGACGGCUGUUACGGUUAAUAUUAAUGGACAAACUCACCCAGUAGACGGGAAGAAGAAUGAACACACUGUAACUGGACUUCAACCUGACAGCAGAUAUGAAGUUGCUCUGAUUUCAGAGCUGGAAACAGAAUUUGGUGACAGAAGCUCUGAGCCCUCAGUUUUUCUCUGUUUGACUGAUAACAGAGGAGUCAUUGCGGGAGCCCUUGUGGGUGUUCUCCUUAUUUGUGUUCUGAUCUGUGUGAUUGUGUUCAUUGUCCGCAAAAGACCAGAAAUUAUCCGCAUAAAAAUGUCUUUCCUCUCUGGAUCCAAAACGUCUGAUUCAAAGGGGAAAAUCAUUCCUGUAGCCAAAUUUCCAGACCACUUCCAUCAGCUGGGACUGGAUGAAAACAGAGGUUUCAGUCAGGAGUAUGAGUCCCUCGCUCCUGUCGGCACAGACCAAUCACGCAAGGCAGCAACUCUACCAGAAAACAAAGUGAAGAACCGCUUCACCAACAUCCUUCCAUAUGACUGGAGUCGAGUGAAACUAAAUACAUCAAGUCCAAAUGAUGUCUUGGACUACAUAAAUGCUAAUUACAUACCAGGCUACAACAGCGACAGAGAGUAUAUCGCCACUCAGGGUCCUCUGUCCUCCACAGUCAGUGAUUUCUGGAGGAUGGUGUGGGAACAGAAAGUGAAGAGGAUUGUCAUGGUUACUAACUGCGUUGAAGCAGGACGACCCAAAUGUGAGCAAUACUGGCCUGAAGACAUGAGGCAGUGUCACUAUGGAGAGCUGUUGGUCACUCCAACAUCUGAGCUGAAGGAACCCGACUGGACUCUGAGGGAGUUCAUUGUGAAACAUGAAAACAGCUCGUGGAAACAGACGGUCCGACAUUUCCAAAUGACUGUCUGGCCUGAUCGUGGCGUCCCACAGAGCACAGAAGUGCUGAUCCGGUUCAGAGAACUCGUGAGACGGCACAUAGAGAGUGAAGGGUCUGAGGCUCCGACUGUGGUUCACUGCAGUGACGGAGUGGGACGGACCGGCACUUUCAUCGCCCUGGACGUCCUGCUUCAGCAGCUGGAGAAGGAACAAGCAGUCGGCGUCAAGGACUUGUUGUGCAAGAUGAGACGGCAUCGAUCACACAUGGUGGAGACAGAGUCCCAGUAUGUUUUCCUGCAUCAGUGCGUCUCCGACACCCUGCAGCCACGUUUGACCCAAGAGGAGAACGUUUACGAAAACGACGACUUGAUCUAUGAAAAUGCCAUCGUCCUUCCAGAACUUCCUUAAGACACAAGCAAAUUAAAUUUCAGUCCUGCAAUGAAUGCAAUUCAUGCCAAAAAGAUUUUUGAAUGAAGAUAUAAUAAUAAGUGUUAUGUUCUUGUACUGUAUUCAUACAGAGUGAAAAAAGUCCUUUGUAUAAUUUUACUUUUUCUUCUUCCCAUUCGUCCACUGAGUUCAAUCAUUUUGGAUCCAAAAGAAGAAAAUUUCUCUUCAGAUGGCCAAGGAAAGAGAUAUAGAAAUCUAAAAAAUAUUGAUGAUGUAUAGAAACUUUCACAAUAAAUGACCAUGCUAUUUAUUAAUACAAAAGAGGACUCCAAAGCACUUCAUACUACUGUACACUCAUGGUGGUGAGCUACCUGCCCCAAGGCCACCACCAACAGGUGAAUCGCAUGAAGUGUCCUGCUCAGGGACACAACCACUGACACAGUCAGAGUGGGGGUUGAACUGGCAACCCGCCGGUUACUGUGCAAACUCCCUCAGCUCCUGCGCCACUGUCACCCCUAAUCUGGAAAAACAAAUCCAUGCAUUAAUAUUUACUAGAAUCGCUUACAGUAGUGGUGUUUUCACAGGUCUGCCUAAAAAGUGGAUCAGAACGCUGCAGCUGAUCC